GUUUGGGGGCGGUGUGGGUGGGGUAGGACGGCCCUGGUUUGCAACAGCCUCCUGAGCUUUUUGCUUCCAGGGCAACUGUCAUGACCCAAGGGUAUGAUUUUGUGUGUGCUUCGGCACUGCAGAAUUAUUCCCGCCACACGGAGCUUUCUUUGCACGGUGCAAUUCUCAGUUGCAAAGAGAAAACCCCGGUGCAAAGGAGUUCCCGCCACCCGUAUGUAAAUUUGUGUCCCACUAUUGGCCAGUUCUAAAUUAUUCCCACAUGGCGGCUAGCGACUGGCUUGCUAGCCGUAUAAGAGGUUUGAGCAGUUUCCGCCCGAGUUGAAGAGGACUCCACAUCCAUCUCGUGGAGACUCUGAGCACGCGGCAGAGUAAUAGAGACUUUGUGUGUGACUCAGACGAGUUCGGCAGCAUGAUCAACCACCAACCUCUUCCCGUCUCGUGCGUUAACUUCUUUAGACGUAUCUACGGGUUUUUUGGCAUGCUUGUUGAGGAUAUCCAGAGCUCUGUUCGUGUUUGUUUAGUGGAGCCUAGCAAACUCCACGUUUGUUUUGUCUGUAACUGCAACUCAAGCAAGUGUUUCCUGCCUGCACCGUGACCAUCGACGGUGUAAGUAAAAUAAUCUUUAAUCAACCGCUACGAGUCUGUGCCUAAUUCUAGUCCGUCGUGCCGCAUUCCCCAACCCACGUGCCAGGGCUGCUGGCUACAGCCCGCGCCGCGUGCCCCUGAAAGCCUCGGACCGCUCCCGGCCCGCACAUGGCGACGAGGAUGGGAUCCGGGGAAAGCACGAUGGAACUAGAAUUAGUUAAGAACUGCCCUUGGCAAAGUGGGAGACGCGACGUAGCAAGUGUUGUGGAACUGGAGGCGCGUAUCACUUACCACCAGGCAGGCGGAGCGGGUGAAAGGUUUAUCAGCGGAUGCCUUUCGCUGAAGGGAGAAGAGGGAGCUUCCUUAGACGGAGCCCCAGAAGAGAGGGAGGUGUAUCUUCACCCCGCGGCAUUCGGGUGUAUCAUGAAUAAUGAGCGGGUUUUGUUUAAGCCCCUGAAGACUGUGUCCCUCGCUAGAAUCAACCCGGCAGGCGCAGUAAACCCGACCCUCACCCAGGAGUGUGCCCGUUGCUUGCGAUGUGCUCGGGAGAGUGAGGAACUGGUGCCGAUCAGCCGGUUCCCCCCCUUUAUACUAGCGUCUAGAUCGAAGGGCCGCGAACUUCCAUCCGAACUCUGCGAAGAUCUGGAGAUGGAGGAACGCGCCGCAGAUGAGAGGGUAGCCCCGGGGUACGACGGGGGGAGAAAGUUAACUGCCACUUUUCGUACUAUCACUGAUUUGAUGCAGAAAAACAUAAGUUUGAGAGCCCAGCUGCGUAUGGCCGUUCAAGUGGUCCAAGAAGCGGCUGCGCAAAAGAACCCUGAGACGCCACUCCAAGAUGGCGCCAAGCAAGAGGGAAACUGCGUGGAAGAACCGGAAGAGAAGGGUGGAGCUUCGGAAGAACCCGCGAGAGUUCGGCCGACGACCCCGCCCACCGACGUAGCGUCGCUUCCGGCGACCACGCCUUCUUGCCGACGGGAGGGAGCAUCGAGGGGAGGAGUGCAUCCGCCCCUCCUGCCAGAAGCAGUAACAGCAGCAUCGACUCCCGCAGCAACAGAUCAGCCUGUAGCAACAACCAGCCAAGUCAUCAAUCCGCAGAGUGCAAUUCGUGCUGCUACCUAUUACGCUCGCACCAGAACCGAACUACAGGAGUUGUGUAGAGAAUCAAGAAUCCAACCUGAAGAAACUCUAGCUGUGUGGUUGGGACGUUUGGUCGUGGAACUUGGGUCCGACCUGCUGAACCAGGAAGAAGCAAGCUUCUUGGUCAGACAAGCUUCGUGGAGUAGAGGACAUGUCACUGACAUCGACAUGGUGGCGUUUAACGUUCACUGGCCUAUUCCACUGCCAGCGCUUGUUGCAGGACUGAUCGGUCAAAAAGCCCACGCAUGGCGUGACGGACGGCCAGAACAUACCGGUGCAGAACAGCUUAUGCUAGCAAUCAUCGGAGUCUCGUACUGUGCCUGGAACCCCAGACCACGUGCGCUGGGACUGACAUCACUCCAGCGAAUAAGACCAGGGCCUCACCGUCACCUACGAAACCCUGGAACCGUUCCAGUGACCGUUCACAGCAUAGAUAGUUGUCUUGAGGUUUAUGGGCGAAAAAACAUCAUUGUCCUUCGGAUUCUGCUUAACCCAAUGGUUAACCAACCUGUGAGUAAUCUCCUUUGUCAGUUGCCACGACUGCAUAUCCUGAUGGAGCCAAGAAUGUCCAGUGAUCUGGAACAUCAACGCCCGACCGAGGUUCAAGACGCAAGAUGCCGUGAAUCCGACCUCCCAUCGUUGCCACAGAGAAGACCAGAGGAGCGAUACAUGUUUGGAUUUCUCCUACAGUGUUCUGGACUCAAUAAGCGGCAACUUUGGAUUUUAGGGGACGCAGGCCAAUGGCAACUGGCCUAUGAGUUAGGUUUUCAUUAUCUGGAAGAACUGGAUGACGACUCAUCAAUGAUUUUGUCUAGUUGAGUGUACAAGAGAGAGUUGUCCAGAGUAGAGUCGUGUUCAAACAUCUGUAUUAUAUGUUUUAGUAGUGAUAGUGAGUUUAAUUGACCGCCCUGUUGUGCAGUUCCAUGUAAAAAUUGUAAUAUUAGUGAAAUAACUGUUUUAAGAGAAUUCUUUUCGCAGAUCUGGAAUUCAGAGUACGUGGCAGAGAGAAGCCCCAAGAAGGACGACAUCACCGAAGAAGUGAGGGCUUGAUGCGCGACUUCGCCAUGAUGUCCACUGAAGUCCUGAUAAUUCAGUUUUUUGUUAUGAACGUGGUUAUGUGUGCAUGUGUGUGUGCCGGCUAUUAUUUAAUUCGAUCCCUGGAGGACGAACUUUUUAUGUUAGCUGAUUUUGUGUUUACCCGUUUAGUUCAACGACCCAUUAUAAGAGCUACUGGCGACCCGAGUGACGAGUGUGUGGUAUAAUUCAGCUGUGCCUUCAGCAAGGGAGGAUGUCAUGACCCAAAGGGUAUGAUUUUGUGUGUGCUUCAGCACUGCAGAAUUAUUCCCGCCACAUGGAGCUUUCUUUGCACGGUGCAAUUCUCAGUUGCAAAGAGAAAACCCCGGUGCAAAGGAGUUCCCGCCACCCGUAUGUAAAUUUGUGUCCCACUAUUGGCCAGUUCUAAAUUAUUCCCACAUGGUGGCUAGCGACUGGCUUGCUAGCCGUAUAAGAGGUUUGAGCAGUUUCCGCCCAAGUUGAAGAGGACUCCACAUCCAUCUCGUGGGGACUCUGAGCACGCGGCAGAGUAAUAGAGACUUUGUGUGCGACUCAGACGAGUUCGGCGACCUGAUCAACCACCAACCUCUUCCCGUCUCGUGCGUUAACUUCUUUAGACGUAUCUACGGGUUUUUUGGCGCGCUUGUUGAGGAUAUCCAGAGCUCUGUUCGUGUUUGUUUAGUGGAGCCUAGCAAACUCCACGUUUGUUUUGUUUGUAACUGCAACUCAAUCAAGUGUUUCCUGCCUGCACUGCGACCAUCGACGGUGUAAGUAAAAUAAUCUUUAAUCAACCACUACGAGUCUGUGCCUAAUUCUAGUCCGUCGUGCCGCAUUCCCCAACCCAUGUGCCAGGGCUGCUGGCCACAGCCCGCGCCGCGCCCCCGAAAGCCUCGGACCGCUCCCAGCCCGCACAGCAACAAGUCGAGCGGGGGGCUUUUUUGGCCAGGGCUGCUGUGAAACCUGGUGUAGGGCUGGGCCGGCUGGUCCGAGUCUGUCGGACUCCACGUAGAGGAGAAACGACGGAUGUCUAGGGAGCUCCUGGGGCGUUUGAUCCGGGCUCAUCCCUGGCACUUGGGGUGCAGGCCUGGCCCCUCUCUGGGGUGUGUUGAGGCUGAGCACUGGGUUUGCAUUCAUGCCCCUGACUUGCUGUUGCUACAGGCCUCCCUGCAGUCUUGGGAACAGCGCUAUGUCCUGUGUGCCUGGGGGUGUCACUGGUGUCUCUCUACCUCUUUGCAAAAUGUCUGCAGCACUUGUUCUUUUUCUGCUUUUGUCAGGACUGGAGGGAAGGCUGUGGUGGGUUUUUUCCUGCCACCUAAAAUGGUUUCCACCUCGGGGAGGGGUCUGACUGCACCCUGUGCGCCCUGUUUAGGCUGGGUGGGGGUAUUGCCUUUGGAUGCUCGGGGGUUGCUUUUGCCCUCAGGGCUGUGAGCCCCGUGUGCCACGUGACUUUUCCUAAUUCGUUUUUGUCUUGGUGACAUGUACGGGAGUCAUCUGGCUGAGGCUCGAGGCUCCUAAGUGGGCAUCGGGAGGAAGACGUGGAGACAGCACCUGUGACCUGAGGAAGCUGGUGAAGGAAAUGGAUGUCGGCGCAUUUGCUUUGUGGUUGCCUGGUGUGAGGCUUCUGCCCGUGUGGUGGCCCUGGGCUGGAAGCCUUGCUGCGUGAAGCCUGCGAUAGGUGUUGGACUACUGCUCCCUGUGUGGUGAAGAGGAUGGGCUACAAUGACUGGAGGCCUGGAAAAGGAGCGGUGUGGCCAGGGUCCUGGCCUGCACGGAGGGAAGUAGGUGAGAGGACUGCAUCGUGGAAGAGCCGUGGGACAGUGUUGGAUGACAGACACGGACCGGCAGGAUGUUGCCCUCUAUGUUGGAAUGUCCCUUCUGUAUUGGGAUUCUGUGUGGGGGUGUGGGUUGGGAUUGGGAGUGUCCUCAGCUUUAUGAUCCUGGAGCCAGGGGUUUUGUAAGUACUAUGUUUCGGUCAGUUUGUCUGUGCUGUGGGUGGACCUAGGGUGACCAGAGGUGAAAUCCAUUCCUGUGACCCUGCAGUUGGACCAACACCCAGACACUUGCAGGAACUGCUGUGCAAGCAGGCCCAGGCCUUUCAACUGUUGAGCACAGCGAUGCUUGAGCAAGCUAGUACGGAAGCAGGAGGGCCGGCCGGGCGCGGGGCUCGGGCUUCGUCUGCCUGAGUCAGGCCGGCUGGGCGCGGGGCCUGGGCCUCGUCCGCCUGAGUCGGGCCGGCCAGGCGCGGGGCCCGGGCCUCCUCUGUGGCUUCUGUGCUAGUGAGGUUGAGAAUUGCAGUGCUGGGGGGUUGGUGGUUUUGGACCUGCUUGUGCAGGGUUCUUGUUGGCGUUGGGGUGCUGGUUCUGCCAGGUCAGAGCAAUGGGUUUUAUUCUGCCUGGCUGCCAUGUUUAGUGUCCUGCAGGGCUGGGAGCCUGUUGUAGCAGUGUGUGCUUGGCUGAGCAGGAAGGAGGACGUUGAGGGUCUCUUGGGCCUGUGUGGUGUUGCUGGUGGUUGUGUUUAGGGGUGGGGUGGGGUGUGAGGGGUUCGGAGCCCAAGUGAUGGCCCCUGUGGAGGCGGGGAGUGGAAGCAGAAGUAGGUGUGAAGAGCCUGGGUGCUGGGCUGAGUGCUAGGUGGAAGAGGUGGCAGGAGGUUGUGUGGGGUGUGGCUUGUGCCUGGUGCGUGCUUGGUUGGGUGAGAGGGGUGUGAAGCUGCCUGCCUGGGUGUGGUGGGAUUGUGCUCUGCUCUGUUGCUUGUUUGCUUUGGUUGGUGUUGUUUGUGUGUGUCCUUGCGGUAUUUGUUUUCUACAUGUUUGUUGUGAUGCUCUCCAUAUUUUCUUCCCGGUGGUUUGUUUUGUACACGGUUGUUUCCUCACCUCCUGUCUGCUGAGCUUUUUGUGUGUAACAUGUAGAGGCACUUGUGGGCCAGCCUGGAAAAAUUAAAUAAAAUAAAGGAGAUACACACACACACACAAACACA